UUUUAAUUUAUGGGAAGCAAAGCCGAGAAUUAAAUUGAAUAAUAUUCAGGAUAAGACUUUGGUGAUAAGAUAAGUUUUACAGUAGGUGUAAGUUACAUGUUAGGUAGAUUGUAUUUUGUAAAUUUAGCAUCAUCGAUUGGAUUAUUAAAGGGAGCAAUUGAAGGAUUUCCAAGAUAAUUGAACAUGCCUAAAAAAUUGAUUUUAAAUAAUUUCUUUAAUGCUGUAGGAAAACGUACAUCAACAUAUGGUUAAGCUGCUGCAAGUGCAAGCAUGCUUUAUUAUUUUGUUGGUGCAGGAAUGAAUCUCUUGUUUGAAGAUGAAUUAGCUGAUAUCAAUUAACUUAAAAAAAAUAUGCUUUGCGGUGCUAUUUCUGGAGCUGUAUAUAAAUCUACAUUGGGUAUAAUGAAAAUAAUAUUCAAAUUAGGGAUUGUCCCAUUUUUUGUAGGAGGAAUUGUUGGAGGAUCUUUGAUAGGAGGUCUUACACUUUUGGUAGAGAAUUUCAAUAGAAGAGGAAUUGUGGCUUUUGAAAUGAAAUUUUGAUAAGUGUUAUUUUGUUUUUUUAAUUAAUUUCAUAACUAAAUG